CCUCAUUCUAUUUGUAAAUGUGUUGAUUAACAAGGUAUAAUACCCUGUCUUAGCCUUUUUUCCUGCAUUUUUCCCUGAACUCCCUAAACAAUAAUUCAAACUUAGCGGCGCAGACACCAUGACCAUAUUAAAGAAAUUGAAUUUCAUCACUGGCAACAAGAACAAACUAGGGGAGGUUAGAGCGAUUCUGGGCAAUGCAAUCGAGGUCGAUAACCAAGGGCUUGACAUUCCGGAGAUACAAGGGACUAUUGAAGAAAUUGCCAGAGAAAAGUGCAUGCGUGCAGCGGAAGUGAUCCAGGGCCCGGUUCUCACGGAGGACACGGCGCUUGAGUUUCAUGCACUGAAAGGGCUUCCUGGUCCAUACAUCAAAUCAUUCCUUGAUGUUUUGGGCCAUGAGGGGUUGAAUAAAAUGCUCGAUUCGUUCGAGGAUAAAUCGGCAGAUGCGAUAUGUACAUUCGCUUUCUGUCACGGCCCCGGAUCAGAACCAAUUCUAUUUCAGGGAAGAACAAAGGGUGUAAUUGUCAGGCCGAGAGGUCCAUCAAACUUUGGUUGGGAUCCGAUUUUCGAAUAUGAAGGGAAAACAUAUGCUGAGAUGGACAAGGAGAAGAAGAACCAAAUAUCGCACAGGUAUAAAGCUUUGGAGAAACUACAGCGUUGGUUGGUCCAGGAAAAUUCCUGAUUUGUCGGCUUCGCAGCGGAUAACGUUGAUAGGCGGCGCAUCUCUGGAAUAUUUCAAUUCGUAUCGAGGUUUUGGUUGAUCCUCCAAGAGGAUAUCCAAUUUGAAAUUCUUGUGCAGUUUUCCUCUACAUCGUCGUCCUUUUCACUAGUGAGCUCGACCACAACUUCUUCGUCGAAGGCUUCACGAGCUUCUUCAGAUAGGACACCGAAAAUCUCCGCGUCUAAAUUUUCUUGUAGCUUCGUUUCCUUAUAUCCCCU